UUCGAUCGUUGCCAUACAACACUUCAGAUCGUCCUUGUCUUUGACCCACGCAGGGGUGCUGCUGCUGUUACGGUGACACUUCUCCAGGACCGAGGAGGCCCACGUACGGGCCUCGAGUCCUCGUAGUAGUAGUAGUAGUAGUAGUUACAUGUACGUCCUUCGUCUUUUCUCUUUUCUCCCUGAGCCUGGAGAGUCCGGAUCACGGUACAAACCGUAUGUGAGAACGGCGGCUAGUGCUAGCGCAAGUCAAGACAGUUCAAGACUCGAAUCCCUCUCCCCCUCCUCAUCCCCCUCAUCCCGUGCGGUAUCCGCAGACUCAAGUCCUGUAAAUACCCCCUCCAUUGCCCCACUCAAUACCAUGCUGUUCCCCCUCAGUCUGUCUGUCGAUCAGCAGUGAGUCAGAGAGAGAGAGAGAGAGAGAGAGAGAGAGCUCUCAUAGCUCCACUCUCAGGGCCUUCCCUCUCUCCUGGGGGGUUUAACUCCUCUAUACAUCUUUGCCUUGGCGUGGAGAGUAUUGUACUUCUUUGGCUUGAAGCCAGCGAUCGAAAUGGCGAGUUUGGCGAACGCAGCCUUGCAGCUCUUCGUGCUGGGGGCUGUUCUGGUAUUGGGCAUGCGAGCGGGGACGGCGAGCGCGACCGAGGCUUGGGAAGUGACGGACUGGGCUGAAGCCCAUGCGACCUUCUACGGAGGCCAAGAUGCGGGCGGCACAAUGGGUGGCGCUUGCGGAUAUGGCAACUUGUACUCGCUGGGCUACGGAACCGCCACAACCGCCCUGAGCAACGCGCUCUUCCACAAUGGGCUCUCGUGCGGCGCCUGCUUCCUGAUCGAGUGCAUUCUGCAGGGCAGCAAAUGGUGCUACCCCGGCAAAAGCAUCGUCGUCACGGCCACCAACGCUUGCCCCCCAGGCUCCGAGGGCGGCUGGUGCGACCCUCCCCGACCCCACUUCGACCUCUCGUUCCCCAUGUUCCAGAUGCUCGCCCAGCCCGUGGCAGGAGUCAUCCCCGUCCGAUACAGAAGAGUCUCGUGCUCGAAGCAAGGAGGAGUGCGCUUCACGCUGCACGGCAACCCUUACUUCAACUACAUCCUCGUGCACAAUGUGGGCGGCUCGGGCGAUGUUGCGGCCGUGGCGCUCCGCGGAGAGAAUUCCCGAUGGAACCGCAUGAAUCAGAACUGGGGGCAGUACUGGUCUUGCGGCGGAUGGUACUUGGGCCAGGCGCUCUCGUUCAAGGUCACCCUCGGCAGCGGCCGCAGCUUGGAAUUCUGGAACGUGGUCGACAAGAAUUGGGGCUUCGGACAGACUUACGAGAGCGAUUACAACUUCUAGCCCCGAGCGAUGGCGAAUCGCCCGUGGAGCUCCUCAUCGCGCUCCUAUGGCGAUGGAGGAAGAGGAGGAGGAAGAUUUUGGAGUAAAUAGUUCGGAGGUCUUGGAGCUUGGUCGACCCAGUGAUUGAGAUCUUGGGGAGCGGUGUCCAGAGAGAUCGCUUGUUCACGGGGUCGACCGAGAGUGUGCAUUGGAUUGGGGAAUUCAUUCGAGAGCCUGGAGCUGAGGUGCCGCUUGCAACGAAGCAGCCGCCCGCCCCGAGCUUCUCCACCGCGGCAGCCGAGGUACAAGUUUGGGCAAUCACUGCCGCCCGCUGCAGAGUGUCAGACGAGUCACUGCGUGCGGGCACUCUCCUGACUGAGCUUCUUCUUCUUCCCAGUCGGGACGUGCGUGCGUGCAUCGACGAGCGACAUCGCCCCACCGAAGUCAAUUGGUUGCAUAUCUCAUGUGCUUAUGACUGUGAUGAAAAUAUCAUCUUUCUUGCGAUUAAUAAUAAACAUUCGGAGCGCGGAUCCCGCGCCGUCAAAUUCA